AUGGCUGCGCACACUCCUCUGCCCCGCAACCUCCGCCGGGGCUUGGUGGCGUUCAGCAGCUCCCUCUUCAUCAACAACAAGACGUGGGACAGCGGCGCUGCCCACACCUACCACCCAGCCCAGGAGGUGCUGGCCAGCCUGCCCCUCCAGAUGAUGCUCUACUUCAAUGCCUACUACUUCCCGGCCUGGUGCCUGGCUGAGGGGAUGAUGCUGCAGCUGAAGUACCACCUGCUGCCUCGGCACUACCAGUUCCUGCUGGUCGCUGCCUUCCUCAUCCUCUCGCUGGCUGAGGGCUCCCGCCUCUACCUGGGCUACGUGGGGAACCUGCAGGAGAAGCCGAAGUAG